AUGGACAGAAACAUAAAUGAUAAAGGAUAUUUUGUAACAUUUCUUUCUCUUUUCCAGAUAUUCGACAACUAUUUCCACUUCCAUCAUAACUCAGUAUCGCGGCGGUCGCUGUCACCAGCACAUGAGCACCAUGGCAGACUGGAGGCUGACUCCAGGGUGAGAUGGGCGAAACAACAGAAAAUACUAUCAAGAAAAAAGAGAGAUCUCAUUACAAUACCAGAAAGUUCUUCUACAGUUGAAACCAAAUCGUCAGACGUUCCGUCGCCAUCAUCAGCAACUAAAAGGGAUGCAGGGUCAAAAAGAGAGCUUCAACACACGAGAGUGAAAGGCAGGCCGCGGUCUGCUGACUACAGACUGUUGUUUAACGACCCGAAGUGGCCUUACAUGUGGUAUUUGAACCGGGGUGGCGGAUUAGACAUGAACGUAAUGCCGGCGUGGCGGGAAGGCAUCACUGGUCGAGGCGUAGUUGUCACUAUCCUGGAUGACGGACUGGAGACGGAUCACCCAGAUUUAAUAUCCAAUUACGACCCGAUGGCGUCAUACGACGUGAACUCGCACGACUCAGACCCUCAACCGCGGUAUGACAUGAUAGACUCCAACCGGCACGGGACGAGGUGCGCGGGAGAGGUUGCCGCAACCGCUAAUAACUCUCUGUGUGCUGUUGGAGUGGCUUAUCAGGCUAGUGUUGGUGGUGUUCGUAUGCUAGACGGUGACGUAACAGAUGCAGUAGAAGCUCGGUCCCUCAGCCUGAACCCGCAGCACGUAGACAUAUACAGUGCGUCAUGGGGACCUGAUGAUGAUGGCAAAACUGUAGAUGGACCUGGGGAGCUCGCCACUAGAGCCUUUAUUGAAGGAGUAACUAAGGGUCGUAAUGGCAAAGGCUCGAUUUUCGUAUGGGCUUCCGGAAAUGGAGGGAGGGAACAUGAUAACUGCAAUUGCGAUGGUUACACCAAUUCUAUAUGGACCCUCUCAAUAUCGUCCGCUACGGAGCGAGGGGAGGUGCCGUGGUACUCUGAAAUGUGCAGUUCGACUCUCGCAGCAACGUAUAGCAGUGGAGCCAUUAAUGAGAAACAGGUGGUAACAACGGACCUGCACCACUCGUGCACGACGGGGCACACGGGUACGUCCGCGUCGGCGCCGCUCGCGGCCGGCAUCUGCGCGCUCGCGCUGCAGGCCAACCGGGAGCUCACGUGGCGGGACAUGCAGCAUAUUGUUGUACGGACAGCAAGACCAGAGCGUCUGUCCCUAAACGGGGAUUGGCGGACCAACGGAGUGGGUCGCAACGUGUCGCAUUCCUUUGGCUAUGGGCUCCUGGACGCCGCGGGGAUGGUUCGGCUCGCUCGCUCGUGGAGGACUGUGCCGCCGCAGAGGAGGUGCGAGCUGGCCGCUCCGAGACCGCAGAGGGCUGUGCCUGCUAGGUCUUCCAUCACUUUGCAGCUGGACGUAGGCGCGUGUCCCGGCGUGAACUACCUGGAGCACGUGCAGGCGCGCGUGUCGCUGUCGGCGGCGCGGCGCGGCGACCUGCGCAUCGCGCUCACGUCGCCCGCCGGCACGCGCGUCACGCUGCUCGCGCCCAGGCCGCACGACUCGUCGCGCGCCGGUUUCAACUCUUGGCCCUUCAUGUCCGUGCACAUGUGGGGUGAGUCGCCGCUCGGAGUUUGGCAGCUUGAAGUGGAGAAUGGCGGACGAUAUAUGGGUCGUGCGACAUUACAAGACUGGUCGUUAAUUUUAUACGGAACGAGCUCGCCGGCUGCUAAAAAUGAUCCCAUACCGUUCAGGAAUCCAAUAAUCCGUAAUAAAAGUAACGCGACGCGGCCCGUCGUCGUACAAGCUGGCCGGAAAAAUAACAGAGGGAAAACCAUCCCAAUCGUUCCCACAUACACGGUCGGAUUGGUGAAAAGGAAAAAGAAUAAAAAUUCCAAGAACCCGAAUAGGAAUUCGCAGAAGUCGAAACAGAGCCGCCCGGCGACGCGCUCGCCCGUAGAGAGCUCGACGGCGCGCACUUCCAGCGCGCCCGACUUGAGUCUCAACCUGAGAGCCGAUCUCACCGACCCUCUGGCCGACGCCAGAGAGCGCAAGAUGUCCAGUCUGUUCGAGCAAUAUCCCAAAAUACAGCGGAUAUAUCCGGCGCCUCUGCAAGCGAACGCGGGCCCGCUAACCCAAUGGGAGCUAAUAUUCUACGGCACGGAGACGCCGCCGCAGGAGUACGACGCAUCGCCGGAGAGCGCGGCCGGCGCCGGCUGGAGCAAGCCCAGCGCGGGCGCGCCCGACGCCUCGCCCGAGGAGGUGCGCCACAACACCAUCGAUGACGACCUGGCGCUCGUUUGGCAUGAUUCACACGCGAUACGGGAAGAGAGUCCAUCGCUGGAGGCGAGCGGGGCGCACAGCGGGUGCUCGACGCGCGCGCCGCAGCCGCCGCACCGCUGCCUAGAAUGCGCGAAGGAAUUGCACUUGUACGACGGACGAUGUUAUACGCGUUGUCCGGACGGUACAUAUGCCAGCGAAAUUCUUAUGGAGCGAUCGUCGCGGCGUCGUAACCUCACUGUCUUGGAGACGCCUUCGCUUGUGAAGCGGCAAGGUGACGUCACUAAGCCCUCGGCGCUAGAAGCACUGGACAUGGAGCCGCAGUCCAACAACACGGCGCCGCGCAUAUGCCUCCCCUGCCAUUACACUUGCGCCACGUGCGUCGGCCCACACAACAGCCAAUGCUCCUCGUGCUUGGACGACGCCCAACUCUACAACAGAACGGAUGUCGAACCAAAAUUCUACUGUUACCCGAACACGGUCCUGCCGCAGAUAUCGGAUGCCGAUUGGCAUUACAAAGUGAAUAUAAUCCUUUCGAUAGUUCUCGUUGUAUUUGGUACGAUCACUCUGUACGUUAUGGUAACGUGUUUGCAGAAAACCUUUUGUAGUAACCAUUAUAAAAACAAUAUAAAAGUUGCGUACAGGGAAUUGGCAGUAGAUGACAAACUCCAAACGGCGUUGGAGAUUGAGGAUGAAAUACAAAAAGCCAUUAAUAACGCAAGUGACAGUGAAUCCGAAGACGAUGAUCUAAAUUUAUAG